AUGUCGAAAGAGAUGGCGGGGUUAUCGCCGAUGGCGGCUGGACAUUGGACCCGACUAAACCCACCUUUAUCACCAUGGAUCCUGGAUGUCCUCGCUUCUAUGGAGUUUGAUCAAAUGACGCCUGUGCAAUCGUCCGCCAUUCCCUUGUUCUUAUCGCACAAGGAUGUGGUGGCAGAGGCCGUCACUGGAUCAGGGAAGACCCUGGCCUUUGUAAUACCUAUUUUGGAGAUCCUACAGCGUCGUGAGACGCCUUUAAAGAAACAUGAGCUGGGUGCUGUGAUUGUUUGCCCGACCCGUGAAUUAGCACAGCAAAUUGUGGGUGUCGUGCAGCAGUUCUUGGAGCAACAACCCGUGCAAGAACAUACACAAAGACCUCGCGUAGGCGGUGUGCAGCUGUGUGUCGGUGGUACCUCUGUAUCGCCUACCGAUGAUUUCCAUGCUUUUCGCGAGCAUGGCCCGGAUAUCUUGGUGGGCACUCCAGGCCGCAUGGAAGAGCUAUUAAAAAAGCCAGGCGUACGCACGACAGAACUGGACGUGCUUGUCAUGGACGAGGCGGAUCGUCUUUUGGAUCUAGGGUUCUCUCAGGUCAUUCGCACACUCAUUAGCUAUCUUCCGAAGCAGCGCCGCACCGGCUUGUUCAGCGCUACCAUGACAGAGGCUUUAUCUGAAUUAGUGCGUGUGGGCCUACGCAACCCUGUCCGUGUGGUUGUUAAAGUGGAAUUCAAACAACGUGGUCUUGCCACUGGCAAGGAUAUUCGUAUGCCUGCUACGCUGCAAAGUUUCUACCACGUUUGCCGCCCCGAGAACAAAUUUGCGCAGCUUCUGCGAUUGCUACAACGAGAAUCACAAGGCGAACAUGGUGCACGCAAAGCUAUUGUAUAUUUUGCUACCUGUGCGCAAGUCAAUUAUGUUUUCUCAUUGCUGGCCAAGGUAAAUCGAUCGGGCGAGUCUCAUUGGAAAGGUUUGCGUUUCUAUUCGUUGCAUGGAAAGCAGACACCAAAGCGGCGUACAGCGACGUUUUCCGCCUUUGCCAAGUCAUCUUCCAAAGACAAGCAAGAUGCCGAUACGGCUGGUGAGGUAGAUGCGGCGACUGAUGUUUUGCUCUGCACGGAUGUAGCGGCACGAGGCUUGGAUUUACCUGACGUUGAUGUGGUGAUUCAGUAUGAUCCACCCAGUGAUCCCAAAGUUUUCAAUCAUCGAAGUGGCCGUACUGCGCGUGCUGGAAAGAGUGGCCGAGCCAUUGUGAUGCUUCAUGCGGGUCGGGAAGAAGGCUAUGUCGAAUUCUUGCAAAUCAAGCAGCUGCCGUUACAGGCCUAUCCUUAUCUUGGUAUCACACCCGACGGAAUCAUGCAACCAGGUACAGAGCCGGAAGGGCGUGAUACGGAAGCUCACGCGCUUGAAGAUACCCUACGAACGGCUGUGCGGCAGGACCGCGCAUUGUAUGAGCUUGGUCUUCGUGCGUUUGUCAGCUGGGUUAAAGCGUACUCUAAGCAUGAAGUCUCCUAUAUUUUCCGCCUUACGGACCUGCCUUUAGGGGGUAUGGCAUGUCAGUUUGUCUUACUUCACUUGCCACGUAUGCCAGAAAUGCGGACCUGGCAUAAUGAAGGCACGCUAUUCGUGGAAUCUACGCCAGAUCUUCGAACGUUUGCUUAUGCCGACAAGCAGCGUGAAAAACAACGUCUAGCGGCCUUGGAAAAGCAAGAUGCAGCACCUGUACCUGAUCGCCCUGCGCGUGCGCCCAAGCUAGAGGCGUGGAGUGAUCAAAAGCGUCGUAAAGAGACACGCGAUCUUCGUCGUGCGAAGAAGGAAAAGAAACGCCGGUGGCUACGUGAGCAAGAAUUGGCUUCUGGCUCAUCGCAUGCCCACGAAGAAGAGGAAGAAGACGAUUGGGAGGCUGAGGAGCGUGCUGCGAAGAAACUCCGCAAAGGCACAUUGUCUCAGUCGGAUUUCGAUGCCUCCUUUUUCGAAGGCUUGUAG